UCUCGUCUCGUCUCUCUCUCUCUCUCACGUCUGUAGUGGCGGGAGGUUGGUGGCAGGGGCAAGUGCGUAGUAUGUUUUUUGUCCUGAGGCUGCGCGCGUGCAUACUUGAGCACCGCCUCCAGCCAUGAGCACCGCCUCCACGUGGCUGUAGGCGGGGUGAAUUAUAGGGUGAGCUGUUUCUGCUUGUCGUAAUUCCAGGCGGUGUGGGGAUCGCUGCCAUCGUGAGCGAAGGUUGGUAGUACCUCCAGCUACGGGCGGUAGGCAGGGCACACAGAGAGAGAGAGAGAGAGAGAGAGAGAGAGAGAGAGAGAGAGAGAGAGAGAGAGAGAGAGAGAGAGAGCCGGUGCUCUCGGGAUCGCUGCCAUCGCUUUUGCGCGCCAUAGCUUAUGUGGCUCUGCGCGCGGGUGGGUGGCUGACCUCGAGAGAGUUUCUGGAAGCUGCCGGUCGUUGAAGGCGCACGGGAAGAACGCUGCUGCGGCGAGUGAUCAGGAAGAACGCUGCUUUCGUGUCUGUGGAAAAAAGCACUCACGGGUGCCUCGGCGUCUACCUCCUUCUCUCGUUUGGUUUCGGUCCUGUCAGCGAAGGCAGCGAACAUGCACAGGCUAAAUAGAAUGCAGAAGGACAAAUUGAGGCAAUUUAUAAGUGUUACUGAUGCCAGUGAGAGAGUGGCACUCGCAGCCUUGCGAGCAUGCGAAUGGAACGUGGAAGUGGCAUUCGAGUACUAUUUUAACCAGCCUCCAGCAAGGCCCGCAGUCGAUGUCAGCAAACUUGACGAACUUUACCAGAGGUUUAAAGAUCCGAAUAUGGACAUGAUUCUAGCAGAGGGCGUUCAGCAAUUCUGUGAUGCCUUGGAGGUCGACCCAGGUGACAUUGUGAUGCUUGUGAUUGCUUGGCAUAUGAAGGCAGCAACCAUGUGUGAGUUCUCGCGAUCCGAGUUCGUUUCGGGAUUACAAUCGCUUGGCGUUGAUUCUAUCGACAAGCUGAAGCUGCUGCUACCCAAUUUGCGGGCGGAAUUGAGGGACGAGAGUAAAUUCCGCGAAAUAUACCAAUACGCAUUCGGCUUUGCAAAAGAGAAGGGGCAAAAAUCGCUUGCGCUGGACACAGCAAUUGGCAUGUGGCGACUUCUGUUUGCGGAGCGGCCAUGGCCUUUGGUAGACCAAUGGUGUCAAUUUCUCCAGCUUAAACAUAACAAAGCGAUAUCAAAGGAUACUUGGUGUCAGCUCUGGGAGUUUGCAAGGACAAUUGAUCCUAGCAUGUCAAACUAUGACGUCGAGGGUGCGUGGCCAUACCUCAUUGACGAGUUUGUGGAGUAUAUUCAACAGUCGAACCCAGCGUCAGCCACAACUUAGAGGAGUUAUACGCAAGCGUAACGCCUCGUUCAGUGCAAUGGACCGUGGUCUUGAAGCUUCUCACUGCCUUGAAGAGGACAUCAAGUGCUGUUUAUGAUGGUGAUCUUAUGGCAAACCCAGGUAUCCAGAAUUCAUCUGUCACUGGCAGAAACUGGGUAAGAAUUUUGCUGAAGUGCUUGUGUGUGUGGGCAUGUGACAUGCUCUGUGUGUGCUGUGUGUGUGUGUGUGUGUGUGUGUGUGUGUGUGUGUGUGUGUGUGUGUGUGUGUGUGUGUGUGUGUGUGUGUGGAGGGUGGGGCGGGGGGGGGGGGACCUUGAAGGAGAGAGAGAGAGAGAGAGAGAGAGAGANGAGAGAGAGAGAGAGAGAGAGAGAGAGAGAGAGAGAGAGAGAGAGAGAGAGAGAGGUCUGUGUCCAUGUGUGUGAUGUCACAGAGUGAGUGUAUGGGUGCAGGAGUAGAGAGUGAGUGUAUGUGUGAGUGUGGGGGCUUUGGUGUGGUAAUGUGUAUGCCACUCAGUUGUGGGUGUGGGUGUUCAGGUGCGCCUCGAUGUAUCUGUGGAUCGAUGAUUGAGGAUGUUUCUUUGUACUCUUGCUAUUCACUAUCUAGAGGAGUAGGAAUUCAGAGUUUAGGUUUUCAUGUUUUUAGAGUGAUAGAAGGCAGAGACAAAAAGGUGAGAGUUCAGGGCAGCAAGGCUGCGUUGCUGGUGUGUCAAAAGAGAGCAUGAGCCAGCGGAUUACAAUGUAUACGUCAUUCAUUUGUGGAUGAUGGGUUGAUGCACAGCACUGUGAGUUAAAGGAGGUUGUGGCUUAUUUGUGCAUUCCAUCUUUCAAGUAGCUAGACACUAGUAGGAAUUGGUUCACGUUCUUUGCGUGAUUGCCCUCCGUGUUCUGGCCAUGCUUAGCUGUCACAUCUACCACCAUGGUCUAGACAUGAUAUCUCUGCGAUUUGUGAAUAUGCGGCUUCUUGCUUGAAGUUCCUUGUAGUUCGAAAGGAUUUACUCGUUGUCAUGUCUGACGGGAAGGAUUGCCUCUCUGCUAGGCUGCAGCAGCUUCUAGGUUGGUGUAUGGAAAAUUUAUGUGUGCAUUUCUUCUCCUUUGUCUGAGUUCUGUCUUCUUUCCACUCAAAGCCCGCUUUCCUGUCGCUCCCAUUGCGGAUGUGUCCCCAUUUCCCUCUUCGCAAUCGGUACUGUAACUUUCCCUCUUUCCUUGUAUGCCCUCAGACUCUAUUCAUUUGUGGUCGUGGCAACGGCGAUAGGAGGUGUGAAGAUGCUUCUCUUCUGUUUAACGAAGGUCCGUCAAAGUUUGUCCCCAUGAUAUUGCUUUGUUGCUGUGUUAUGGUUGAAUUACAAUUGACUGUCGCAAAGAGUAUUCUUAGAGUCGUGCUUCCUUCCACACAUUAAGCGGAAGUUGUUUAAUUGAGUGCCAAUUCAAUGCAUGUUUGCAUGUUGGAUUUUCACAGCACCCUCUGUGUGUGUGUGUGUGUGUGUGUGUGUGUGUGUGUGUGUGUGUGUGUGUGUGUGUGUGUACAGCAGCUUGUGUUUUGCUUGCUUCUCUAUGAAGAUGCUGCCCUUCAGUUUUUUUAUGGGAAGGAUAUCCCCAUGAUAUUGCAUUGCUGCUAUCAGUGCUGUGUCACGGUUGAAUUAUAAUUUACCCGCCGCGAAGAGUGUUCUCUUAGAGCCGUGCUUCAUUCCACACUC